UAUGCUUAAAAAAAAAAAAGGGAAAUCAACCAUUUUAUCAGAACAAUAAUAAUAAGUUGAAUUAAUAAAAAAGCGUGAAAAAAUAAUGGCUGCUCCGGCCAUUGAGGGCGCAGCCGUCACGGCUCUCCGUUCGGUCAUGUUCCGGGUCCGCCAAUCUGCGGAGCGAGCUGGAACACGACCAGAACUAGUACGGGUCGUGGCCGUUUCCAAAACCAAACCCGUUUCCCUAAUCCGGCAAGUCUACGACGCUGGACACCGUUGCUUCGGCGAAAAUUACGUCCAAGAAAUCGUCGAUAAAGUCCCCCAGCUGCCAGAGGAUAUAGAGUGGCAUUUUAUUGGGCAUUUGCAGAGCAACAAAGUUAAAACCCUACUGGCUGGGGUUCCAAAUCUUGCCAUGGUAGAGGGUGUAGAUAAUGAGAAGGUUGCAAAUAUUCUUGACCGAGUAGUUUCAAGCCUUGGAAGAAACCCUUUGAAUGUCCUUGUCCAAGUGAAUACCAGUGGAGAAGCAUCAAAGUCUGGAAUUGAUCCUUCAGGUUGUGCAGCCCUUGCAGAAUAUGUUAAAUUGCACUGCCCAAAUUUGGUAUUUUCUGGCUUAAUGACAAUAGGGAUGCCGGACUAUACAUCAACUCCAGAGAACUUUAGGACACUAUUGAACUGUAGACUUGAGGUUUGCAAGGCACUUGGAAUGGCUGAGGACCAGUGUGAGCUAUCAAUGGGCAUGUCUGGUGAUUUUGAGCAAGCGAUUGAAAUGGGCAGUACUAACGUGAGAGUUGGAUCAACCAUAUUUGGACCCAGGGAAUAUACAAAGAAGCAACCAAACUAGUAGCUUCAAGGUCUUGGCCUAGUAAUCUGUAUAUUCAUGUUAUAACAGUAAACAUUGAUCAUACUUGUAAUUAGGUAUGUAUGCAUCGAUUUGUUUUGUAAAGGAUGUCAAAUUAGAGAAAAUAUUGAUACCAUCUCAUUGUAAUUGAACUCUAUUUAAAUUUGAAUAACUAUGGAUGUCACUAACCUCUUUAAGGGAU